ACCUACAAAAAUGGGUACGUUUCAUAGAGUCGCCUCUCCACGGCUCCCAACUCGAGAGAAAGACGCUUUUAUUUCAUUUUGUUUUCAGAUACUAACAUCAACAAAGAAAAAAACCCAGUGCCCCCCGAUGUCGAGGCCGAGCUCCAGCCCCGGGCGGCUGCGAGCGCCGGCCCGCCCGAGGCCGGCGGGCGCCGCGACGCGCCUGCCGGGGCGAUUCGGUGACUCACCACCGAGUCCGAGCCACCCGCCGACCUGUGGCCGGACGACCACCUGUUGCCGCGUCCGAGCUGGGGCAGCGCGCGCCCGCCGCUGUGCCUGUCGCUCGGGCGCUACGAACAGCUAGUCGUCGCGGCCGAGGAGCUGCUGCGUGUGCUCGUGGUCGAAGAGCACUACAAUUCUGUAGGCAAUUUCAUCACCAUGCACAAAGCUUUCGUGGCUUCUCGGGACAACGGACUAAAGGAAUUUUUCCGAAAGUAUCACCCGCCGAUACGAUCGCGCCGGCAUACGUGCGUUGGCUUAGGCAUGGAAGUGUUGAAAUUGCUCAGAGGCCUCGAUACGGACUUCCCUGGCAUCGCAGCGUCGGCCAUGUUGGUGUCGUGUGACGAGAGUGUGCAGGAUGCCGAGGAGUACGCCCGGGCGGGCGCCGGGCCCCAGGGCUUCCUGCUCGACACAGAAAAGGACCAUGUGAUGGUGGCGUGUCACCUGCGCGUGGCGGGUCGGCCCGGCGUGCUUCUGUCCGACCUGGGCUACCACAUCGCGCGCGUCGUUACCGUCAUGGAGGACUGCACCUACCCGCACACUGAUUGGUUCACGCAUUCGGAUCAGCAGAACUGCCGCAAGGAGUACCGCUACCUGCUGUGCCGCCACAACCUCAACUACGUGGAGUGGCACGUGCGGGAGACGCGUGCCGGCCGCAGCGACGAUCGGCUGGCGCUGGUGUACGUGGCGCAGGAGUAUCUCAGCGCCGUCGAAGUCACGGAGAAGCGGAACCUCGCUUGGAUUAAGAAGAGUUUGGUGGCGCGGAACUCCGAGGGCCACGCGAAGGCCGGCGUGAACUUGGUCUGCAAGCUGAGGGAUAUGCAGCUCACCGUUUUCUACGACGGACACCAAGGCAGGGAAAAGAAGAAGUUCAAGUUCGAGGAGCUCAAGGAAAUGCAGAAUGUCUCCGACGAGCUAGCAGGAGCUUUGGCGCAGUGCGGCGAACAGCUGCGCCUGCGGGACGGCGAACUGCUGGCUCUGGUCGGCCGCCUGGCCACCGUCGUUGCGGACAGAGAGUUCCUGGCCGAGCUGCUGGAAAUCAAUGAGCGCAUUGUGCAGCUGGCGGCCGGCAAACACUACCGCCGGCGCUGAGCCGAGUGAAGUCGGCGUCGCGCGAGCGCCCCCGGCCUUAGAAGAGCCGCACCAGCGCCUUCGGCUCCAGAGGCACCGCGCGGGUGCCCCCGGCUCCUGAGGCACAGCGCGGGCGCCCCUGGCUCCAGAGCCACCGCG